CGAAACUCAGCUUCGCGCAAGAGAAACAGGUGGCUGGAGAUGGACGUGCCAAUUGCCGCGAAUGUCCUUGGUGUUUUGGGCGCAAUAUGCUGGUCCGUUCAACUCAUUCCACAAAUCAUCAUCAAUUAUCGGCGGCAUGAUACCACGGGUCUACAACCCACCAUGAUGCUUCUGUGGGCAUGUGCAGGUAUUCCAUUGGGGAUCUAUAACAUUGUAGAGAAUUUCAACGUUGCUCUCAAGAUACAGCCUCAGAUAUUGACGACGUUGAGCCUCUUGACUUGGAUCCAAUGCAAAUACUAUGGGAACCAAUGGCCAUUGACCAAAUCCAUCUCGAUCGUGAUGCCGGUGGCAGCUGCUAUGGGAGGCAUUGAAUGUGGCCUCGUGUUUGCGUUGAGGAGAGCAAAGCAGAACCAUGCCGAAUGGCCAAUCACUUUCAUGGCCGUGCUGUCAGCUUGUUUCUUAAGUGCCGGAGUCCUGCGGCACUACUGGGAUAUCUACAAGGAAAGAACAGUCCGAGGCAUCUCGUUCAUCUUUGUGGCCAUUGACGCCAUGGGAGACUUGACUUCAUUGAUCUCGGUAUUGUUCCAACCAAGAUUGGAUAUUCUCGGCAUGGUCAUUUACGGAUCCGAGCUGGUGUUGUGGUUGGGAGUAUUUGCCUGCGGGGGAUACUUCAACCUCAGACCAUGGCUGCAGCAGCGACGGAGUAAGCGUCACGUCACAAGAGAAGAGAAUGGAAGGGCAGGAAGCCGUCAACAUCCGGGAGGGACACAAGUAGAGAGUAUGGGGAACGGGCGACCAUCGAGUCCUUCGUCAUCAAGCACAGUGUUCAGAACAGCAUCCGGAGAAGGGAGUAGGCAUAGUCUUUCCAGAUCGGUGAGGUUGCGUGCAGUGACGGCUUGUGAUGGUCGUCUUGAAGCUUGAGUGAUACUGUACAGUAGAGUGGUAGACCGCGACAAUUCCUUAGUACCCGUAUAAAAAUAAUUUUUG